AUGACAAUUAAAGAGAAAUUAACCCAAGCAACGCAAGAAUUUACUACUCUAAAACAGAAAAUUAAUGCUAAAUUACAAGCCAAAGACCAAACCAUUCAGGAAACUAAUACUAAACUCCAAGAAAGCAACCGCAACUUAGAAUUGCAGAUGAAAGAAAAUAAUGAGAAUGAAAAAGUUCUGGAAAAGGAGGAAGUUCUGAGAGAAUGGGGGGAGUUAAAAAAAAAGAUAACUAACUCCCAAAAAAACCAAGUAUUUAGACCUUUUACCAAACCAAUUGAGGCUUCGGAAGAGAUAAAAAACCAGGUGCGAAUGAUGGAGGCUAUAGAAAGGUUUAAAGCCCGAAGAGGAGAAUGUCAUGUUUGUUUUUGUGAGAAUUGUGCUCAUUGUCGGGAAGGGCCACGUAUUACACUAUUAGACACUACCAGCAAAGGAGAAUUUGACGCCAAAAAAGAAAACUUCCUAAGACAAGUUGAAGAGGCUGAAUCUGGCUUAAAAAUAGAAACUGGUCCGGCUACUGAUGAAGCUUCAAAUAAGCAUGUUGAGAGAAUAAUUAAUGAAGUUAAAAAAGAGUUGGACAAAAUAAAGACUUCGUUAGGAAAAGAAACUUAUCA